AUGGCGUCGGAGAUGGAUAGUUUACGUGACAUGCAGGUGGAUUCACUGCUGAAGAUGCUCUAUUUGAAUGAGGAGCACUAUCCAAAGGCCAAUUCUGUCACAGAGGAUCCCAAUGCUACAACGGCUGCGAUUGCGAACGAUGACGCGAUCCAGGAUAUUAUUUGGAAAGUUCUUGUUCUGGAUAAGAGGACCACGGCAAUCGUUUCUAGUGUUCUUAGAGUCAAUGAUCUUCUGAAAACUGGUGUCACAGUGCAUGCAUUGAUCGACUCUUCCAAGAGAAGCUCGUUACCUGAUGUACCCGUGGUAUACUUCAUUGAGCCUACCAAGACCAACAUUGAUCUGAUAGUGGAUGACUUGAAACACGAUAAAUAUAGCGAAUUCUAUAUCAAUUUUGUUGACUCUUUAAGCAGAGAUUUGCUAGAACAUCUAGCGCAGGAAGUUGUCCAAUUGGGUAAACAGGACAAAGUGAAACAGGUUUACGAUCAGUACUUAGACUUUGUUGUAACUGAGCCUGAACUUUUCUCCUUAGAAUUGCCUACAGCAUAUUCUAUCCUAAAUAACCCGCAAUCUGACGAAGAGACCAUCACUUCAUUGUGUUCUACCAUAGCUGACGGUCUGUUUAACACCAUAAUAACCUUAAACUCCAUUCCAAUUAUUAGAGCUCAAAAAAACGGUCCAGCAGAGAUAGUAGCUGAGAAGUUGAGUAGUAAACUAAGAGACUACGUGAUAAACUUGAAAUCUAACUCAUCAGAAAACUCAAACUCCAUUCUGAAUGACUCCCUCGAUAGAUUUGUGUUGAUUAUUCUAGACAGAAACAUUGACUACAGUUGUAUGUUUUCUCAUUCAUGGAUUUAUCAAUGCAUGGUUUUUGAUAUAUUCAAAUUGCGUAGAAACACUAUCACAAUUCCUGGUGAAAAUGAAACCUCUCCUGAGAAACAAUACGAUAUAGAGCCUCACGAUUUCUUUUGGCUACAAAAUGCUCACCUUCCAUUCCCUGAGGCGGCAGAAAAUGUGGAAUCGGCUUUAAAUGAAUACAAAAAUGAAGCAAACGAAAUAGUUAAGAAAACUGGUGUGACUAGUCUGAACGAUUUAAACAUCAAGCAAUUUGAUCAAAACGAGAAUGAAGAUGAUCUUGGUACUUUGCAAAUUCAACAAGCUGUCAAAAAAUUACCAGAGCUAACUGCCAAAAAAGGUAUUAUAGAUAUGCACAUGAAUAUUUUUGCAUCUUUGUUGAAAGAACUGGAAGCCAAAAACUUGGAUACCUUUUUUGAAAUUGAACAACAAGAUCCAGACAAUGUUAAAACACGCACUAAAUUUAUUGAACUAUUAGAAAAGGAUGGUAAAACUGAUAAUUUAGAAGAUAAACUAAGAUCCUUCAUUGUGCUAUAUCUAAGUGCUAAAAAUACUCCGCCUCAAGAUUUUGUCAAGCAGGUGGAAAACUAUUUUAAAGGUCAAGAAUACGAUAUUACUCCACUAAAGUAUGUGUAUAAGUUAAGGGAGAUGAUGAAAAUGUCAUCUUCAAUGUCUUUGCAAACAAAAAGCCUUGAUGAUGGUAAGCAAGAUUCUAACAAAAUGACCACAAGCACGUUAUCCGGCUUGUAUGGCUUGACAGAAGGUACACUUCAAGGUGGUGUUGGAACUUUGAUCUCUGGUUUCAAGAAAUUGCUACCAGAAAAGAAGACUAUACCUGUAACUAAUAUUGUUGAUGCUAUUAUGGAUCCAUUGAAUAGUUCUCAGAAGAAUCUUGAAGCUACUGAUACCUAUCUUUACUUGGAUCCUAAAAUUACGAGAGGUUCACACACUAGAAAACCAAAAAGGCAAACGUAUAACAAAUCAGUUGUAUUUAUUGUUGGGGGUGGUAACUAUUUAGAAUAUCAAAAUUUGCAAGAAUGGGCUCAUUCCCAGAUACAUAAUCCAAAGAAAGUCAUGUAUGGUAGCACAGAUAUAUUAUCACCACAUCAAUUUUUGGAACAGGUGGCAUCAUUAAGUACAUAA